CGCCAAUCUUGUUGCUUUGUUCGUCGGCGCCACUAGUGGCAUCGGGGAGGCAACCUUGAAGGCAUUUGCGCGAUACAGUAAGAGCCCAAUAGUUUACUUUGUUGGACGGUCACAAAUUGCAGCAAAUCGGAUAGUGGCAGAAUGCAAAGCACUUAAUCCGAGUGGCAGGUACAUCUUUUUACAAGCAGAUGUAAGUUUGAUCAAGGUGGUCGAUCAGGUGUGCGAUGAGAUUAAAGCCAAGGAAGCAACUUUGGACUUGUUGUUUUUAAGUCAAGGAGUUAUGAGCUUGGAUAAAACCAAGACGUCAGAGCAUGUUCACUUAUUGGCGGCAUUGAACUACUACUCUCGCAUACGAUUCAUGGCUAAUCUAGCUACACUUAUCCAAAAUGCAACCUCUCCGCGGCGCAUUGUCAAUGUGGGAGGAGGCGGUAUGGAAGGACUGCUUGAUGCUACCGAUUUGCCUGGCUUGCGAGUGACGCCCGACAUGAUUCGGGGACAUCUUUCCACGCUCAUAACACUUGGAAUAGAGGCCAUCCAGAAAACAGCACCAAAAAUUAGUUUUAUACAUAAUUAUCCUGGAACAGUACUGACGGGGCUCUAUCGCGACAUGGAAACUAUACCGUUUGACCCGAGCCUCGCUAUGCCGCUUGACGAGUGUGGAGAGCGACACUUAUAUUUGGCAACCAGUAAACGGUAUCCGUCGCUGGUCCAAGACACUGUGACAGUGAGAGUGCAGGGCGGGGAUGAUGUUGCAAUAGGGACAACUGGGGAGUUUGGGACAGGCGUAUAUUCUAUUGGGUCGGACGGAGAGGCUGUAUCGGAGUCGAGGGCAAUCCUGGCUCAAUUGCGACAACAAGGUAUGGUCGAAGAGAUACAACGGCACACGAUGGGAGAGUUUAUACGUAUCCUUGGAAGCUAA